GUUGCCCAGGAGAUUGACGACAUGCCCACCUUCCCAGAUGAUGAUCGUGCUGAAGGACACGGUGCUCAGGGCUCGCCUGAACCCAAGUACCCGCGCACCGAGGUCGGCAAGGGUUCCUCAGGCAGCGGCAAGGGUGUCGCCAGCCUGGCCUCCCGCGCCGCCGCCGCUGGUGCCGCGCUCGUCUUCGG